AUGCCAGAAAUUCCUUCCGCCAAGGUUAUGCGCCGGCAGCUUCGAGACCUUGUCCGUGAGAACCAAAAGAGUAUCCUUCAAAAACUCCCUUCUGGAUACUUUCUCGAUGAGAACUGGGAAUAUCAUGAGAUAUUACUAGGAUUUGAACACUUGCAUGGAUCUCAUUCUGGUGCAAAUUUGAGUGUAGUGCUCUUCCAGCUGCUACAGGAGCAUUGGAUCACCGAUCGAGUGCUUGCGGUAACUACCGACAAUGCUUCAAAUAAUAUUACUCUUAUGGCAAGUGUCCAUGAGGCGAUUGAGUCACUACAAUCCUCGAACGAUGUCGUUAUCAUUCGGGUACCCUGUAUUGCACAUGUGAUCCAGCUGAGUCUCAAAGAUCUCCUUGGGAAGAUGAAGGCUGCUCCAAAGAUUGAUAUGGCUGAGCAGACAUGGUCUGAUGAUCGGGUGGAUAGUCUUCGUGCGAGACAGCAGAAACGCGAGAUCGUGGACACUUUGAAUAAGGUGAUGCUUGCAUCUCUCGAAGCAGCAAAGGACAAGCUCUCAAUUUACUAUAAAGACACUGACAACAUGGAUGGUCAUCUCUACGCCAUUGGCACCAUUCUUUCUCCACAGGAUAAACUUCAGUUCUUCUCAACCGCAGACUGGGACCCAGAGGAAGGCGGAAUUAAUUACCGAGCAACUUAUCGCCAGAGCCUUGAGUCCUCUCUCGAGAAGUACUCGGAGAAUCUUGCCCAGGAGCAGCAGAUAUUGGGUGCUCCCCCAACGAGUACGGCAACGGAUGAAUUUGAUUUAGCCUGUAUUCGGGACGAGUCACAGCAAUCUCAGAUUCGACAGCCAGUUCAGUCUGACGAGCUUGCAAGGUAUCUUGACAGCAACGCAGUCCCAAAUGCCCAACCUCGAACCUGGUGGAAAUAUCACCAAGAUGAAUUCCCUGGAAUGGCGAGGCUUGCACGAGAUGUUCUCUCUAUUCCAGCUAGUAGUGCAGGAGUAGAGCGGCUUUUCAACUCUGCACGAGAUAUCUGCCAUUAUCGUCGAGGCUCUCUACAGCCUCAAACAAUCUCAGAUCUUAUGAUGUAUAUGUGUACAUCACGGUUCGAGAUUCAUGAAGAGGAGCGAAUAAUGCUCUCUGAAUAUCUUUCAACUCAGGAGAUACAGGCUGCAAAGGAAGAGAGAACUCAGCAACAAAUCACCGUUGAUCCAAUUAGUGAUGAUGAAGAGGAUGAAGGGCUUUCUACAGAGCCCCAAGCAACUUCGCAUGGCCCAUCUACAAAGGCACUUGGCAAAAGACGCCUAAGGGAUAUAGCCGAGGAUGCGGAAAGUGACCAGGAGGAUGAUAGUGAGAUUAUGUCUCUGCCAGAGAUUCAGCACCGAGUGUCAGGUAGAGUUCGCAAGCGUUCAAGGUUGCUUGAUGGAUAUGAGAUGUAG